GGUAACACGUUCUUACUAGUUAGUUGACUGUUUAUCGCGGAGCGUGUAUGUUCAACGUAUUGCUAUUUCGCACGCGAGUUAGAUUUUUCAUCGACUAUGUUUUUUCGUUGUGAAACGUUCUCUUAAAGAUUUAUAUUUUGAAGACAACAUGUGAUUUUUUAAUUCCAAUUUUCAUAUUUUUAACCAUAAAUUUUGUCACUUUCUAAAAUGGAUCUCGAUUAAUGCACCUUAAUAAUGAAAAGUGAUACUGCAAGAUGAUGAUUUUUCAACUUGUAAUUUGAAUCAUUUUCUGUGAGAUACUUCGUAAAUUGGAUGUGCAAUGUUCGUACGAGAAGUCAUUCACUGAGUGUCAGUUAUUCAAAAUGUCAAGUUGAAGCAUGUUUGGCAGAAAAUUCUGCUGUAGCAUGUCGACUGCGUGUGGUGUCGAUGAAACCGGAGCAUCGACCCAUGUUGGUACGAGCAUUAAUUCUGAUGAAAAAUAUCGAGAUUCAAUUUGCGAAACAAGAAAUUCCCAUGACAACGAGGAUGAAACGGUCCGGCGUCGUUAUAAUAAUGGUUGUUUACCUUGUCCUUGCAUCUUUGUUGGAAGAAGAGAUGAAGAAAGAAGGCGGAUAAAUUUAGAAGAACAAGAUGAUGGUGGAAACACUUGCCAGAUUAAAAUAGAACCUGAGAACUUUCCCUCACCACAGACGCCAGAAAAUGUGUAUUCGUUUGGAUUACUUCGAAGUGGAAGUACCGCAGACCCUACCAAGACGAAGAUACUUUUGUGUACCUGUAAAGAAGAUGCUACCUGGGUUGGUAUAAAUGCCGCUGUCGAUAAGCUAGGAUUUAUCAAAGAAGCUGCGAAUACAAUAGAAAUGGCGUUGGUAUUGUUCCAAAAUAUGUAUCAUCAGCUUGUCCUUAUUGAUGUACGAAUGCGAAAUUUCGAUGGAGAAAAAUUAUGCAAAUCGAUUCGUGAAAUAAAAAGAAGUCGACAUGCAGUAGUUGUUGCAAUUUUCAAGAAAAGCUUAGAUAAAGAUACAAACAAUGCUAAAGCCCUCCUGGCAGCUGGUUUUAAUCGAGUUUUACCAGAGUGCUCUCUUCGCUCCUACUGGAUGUAUGAACUGACCGAAAUUCACAAUGGCGAAGUAAACUUGCAUUUAAUAUUGUCCCAAACCGAGGCGAUUUGCGCAGCUGUGGAAAAAUCGAGAGACUACAUCAUGAUAACUAAUAAGAAUCACAUGAUACAAUACAUGAACAAAUCGUGUUUAUCGGUGUUGGGCUACACGGUACCAGAAGUAAUUGAUAAACCGAUUCGAAAUUUCGAUCAAUUAUCCUGCGCUGAUCAAAUCAUGAGACAUUUAGAUAGAGGUUUUGAAUGGGAAGGAAAGGUAGCCUGGAAGUGUAAAAAUAACGACGUAAUUUAUGCUAAUUGUAAAGCAUCGCCAUACCGUCCAUUUGGAAAAGAAGCUUCGCAUUACAUUUAUGUACAUGAAAAUCCACAACUUGACAGUCACAUUUUCCCGAGGGGUAGUAUAUGCUCCGUGCGUAAAGGAUCCUACGAUCUGAAGUCACUAAGUAGCGAUGGGGCGCAAUCGGCAAGACGACAAAGUUUAGCAAAAUUGAAUAAUUUACCCUUGGAAGCUCCCAUUACGAAGGUUAUUUCACUCAUUACCAAAGCGCAGGAAAAUUCUUCCGAAAAUGUAUCUCAAGUGCUGGAUAAGGUUGUUGAUAUACUCCGUACUACUGAACUUUAUUCAUCUCAUGUUAAAUCUGAAAGUAUUAAAUUUGAAGAUCCUGUUACAUCCGAUUUGAUUGGAGCCCUUAUAACGCCUGGCCCGGUUCCAUCGUCGUUUCCACGGCGUAGGAGUUCUAACGAUUCCACUAUCAGAGCACAAUUCGGCUCGCUGAAAGUAAAUUUACAACUUUCAUGCAGCUCAUGGGUGAAAGAUGUAUUAGAAAAUCCAUUUUCUUGGGAGUUUGAUAUAUUUAAAUUGGAGCGCCUUUCUUUACACAGGCCAUUAUGCACGUUAGGAAUGAACGUAUUAUUGAAUUUUCAACUUAAUAAAAUACUAAAUGUAGAUGAACGAGUAAUACAAAAUUGGUUGGUUGAAGUUGAAAGACAUUACCAUGCCCGAAAUCCAUACCAUAAUUCGACGCAUGCCGCUGAUGUGCUUCAAGCUAUAGCAGUAUUUCUGAAAAAAGAAAAAGUGAGAAAGGUUUUGGACGAUAUUGAUAACGCAACCUGUUUAAUUGCUGCCAUUACUCAUGAUAUAGGGCACCCUGCACGUUCCAGUGCAUUUCUUUGCAACAACGGCGAUCCUUUGGCAAUAUUAUACAAUGAUAUCAGCGUGUUAGAAUCGCAUCAUGCGUCAUUUACUUUUAAAUUGACUCUGGCUGAUGAUAAAGUCAAUAUAUUCAAAGGACUGGAUAAAGAAACUUAUAAAGACCUACGCCAAAGCAUUAUAGAUAUGAUAUUAGCAACUGAAAUGACUAAGCAUUUUGAGCAUUUAGCGAAAUUUGUCAGCGUUUAUUCUAAACCGCAAACAAUAAUAGACGAUGAUAAAGUAACUGGAGAAUUUGGUACGGAGUAUGCACCUUUAACACCCGAAGAAGAAGUGAAAUUAAUGAAACGUAUGAUGAUCAAAUGUGCUGACGUUGCAAAUCCAACUCGCCCCCUCAAGUGUUGCGUUGAAUGGGCUAAACGCAUUGCCGAAGAAUACUUCCAACAGACUGAUGACGAAAAGGCGAAAAAUUUACCUAUUGUGAUGCCAAUGUUUGAUCGAGCGACAUGUAAUAUUCCAAAAUCACAAAUCGGAUUUGUUGAUUACAUCGUCCACGAUAUGUUUGAAGCUUGGGAUGCCUUCGUUGGAAUUCCGGAAAUAAUUCAUCACAUGCGAUUCAACUAUAAUUUUUGGAAAACAUUGAACGAUCGAGGAAUUAUAAGCAUGUCUAAAGUUUAUUGUCCCGAAAUACUAGAUAAUUUACCAUCUUCCCCUCGAGUUGAAUAUUUGAACGAAAUAUUGGAUGGAAAUUUAUUCACGGCGGAUUCCAUUUCCGACAAGCCAGAAUGUGACAGGCGCAAGAAUAUGGAUAAGAAUCAAGAAAAUGAAAAAAAUGAAAACGUUCGGAAUGAAAAUUCAAGGAACAGCUUGUUGGAGCAAGAUGAAACAAAAGAUUAUGUUUCAGAAAAUAAACAAUCGACGAAUGAACAAACACAAUUAUAAAUGCAAAAAAUGUGUACGAUACAUUUACAACGAUGCCAAUUACCUUACCUACCUACAAUAUGAAAUUAAGUAUUUUAGUUUUGAAGAACUAUACUAUCUACCAUGGUACCUACUCAAAAAAAAAAAAACGAGAAUUUUUCUAUGAAUGAAGAGCUUUUUGACCACUUUUUUUAUCCCUGGAAAAUGAUUUUUUUUAAAAACCAUUUAUGUUAGUAUUAAAACGUUUCUUCCACCACAGUGUUCGUGCCAUUUUUCCCAAAACGAUUCACAUUAAAAGAGUCUGUUAUAUUUUUGUGGAAAACUGCCAACUCUGUUUUAUCUUUUGAAGAUAUAUACGCGUUAAACGUUCAAAUUAUUAUUUAAUUACACUGAACAGGUCUAAAUAAACGUUAAUUUGCGUAAAUUAUAUUCGCAUAUUCGCUGUACAUGAUAUAUUCUAGAAUUAGUUAAUUUAUGUGUUGUGUUUGUAAUUAGAAUUAACAGUUGAUUACCUAUGUAUUUUACAAAUUUCCAAGACAUUUUUACGACUAUCUUCUUCGAAAAUACAUUUUAUGAUAAUGUUCUUACAUAUCACAUAAAACGAUCGUCGCUUUACCUUUUUGUUCUUUGUUUAUUUCCCUCUACGAAUCUUUAUAAUAUUGUAUUGUGAUCGAACUAAUUUAAACAAUAUGCUAUGAGUGUUGUGGCCUUCCUAUCUACUUUUGAUAUUUGUGCAAGGUGCGCAGAAAUAUCGAGUACCUACUCCAAAAAAAGUGUUUCGUUAAAAAUAUACGGAAUAUUUUCACCUCACUCCAAACAAACGAUCAUGUAACAUCAUUAUUGAUAUUCACUGUGACCAACCGAAACAUUCAACACAAAACUAUUUUGGGGGUCAGCGAUAUUUCUACGCACCCUGUACAUACCUACCUAUUUUCUUUUCUAGUGAUUGUUGAUUUAUUUCUUUAACUCGUGUAUCUAUUACUAAACUUGUUUUUAUGCUCUCUUAAAUUCUUUUUUAUCUGUUUUUCCCCUUCUUCGAUGAAAAUAAAUAAUGAAGAAGUUUAAUCUAUAUUUUUCCUACAUUUGCGUAUAAUUUUUGUUAAUUAUUGAUUACUUCUUACUUUUUUGUGUGUAUAUUAUGUUGAAAAUAUCACAAAUUCAACGUCGGUAUUGUGAACUGAAAGUUACUUUUUCUCUACCAUUUUUUUAAAUGUAUUACCUGUUUAUCUAUAUUUAAUAACUUUUUUAUUUUUUGUUCUUUUUCCUAAAUGUUAUAAAUUUUCUUCUUUUUUUCAAACAUUUUUGUUCUUUUUUCAUUUAUUUACUCGGGAUUUUUACGAUUUACCUACUGUUUGUAAGCGUACUUUUUUCUGUUGAACAUUUUCUCUCUGUUCUUUGUAUAUUUUCAAACCUACUGAACAAAAUUUUUUUACAUUGUGUAUAAAAUAUUCUUCCAUUCAAAAAUUUCAUAAUUUUGAUGCAAGUACGUAUCAUCUCUUUUUUGAUAUCAAAAGCAUAAGUGAACUCAUUUUGAUUACUUAAUUAUUGCGAGUUGAAUUUUAAAUACCAGCACCUUGAAGCUUGAGAUGUCCUGAUCAUGAAAUAUUUCAUUCCCUACACCUCUUCUUAAGAGGAAUGAAAAAUCGGCAACUUUCUGUUUUAUUGAAGGUAUGUGGGGUGAACCAAAGUUCAACAAUCAUAUGAAUUUCAAUUCGAACUUUUAAUAAGUACCUACUUAUGUAUUAUUUACCUCAAUUUAUUCGAAUUUGAUUAUUUCGUCUUCCAAAUUUUAUAUGAGUCGAUCUAACUGGUACUUUUCACUUUACUCAAGCCAACCCAUAGGUAUGCUUAACUGUCGAGAUUCUAAAUAUUCAUCAUUCAUAGUUUGAAAUUUUGUUCACCCUGUCGUACGGACAUAAAAUUUCCAACAGAAAGCAAAAGUGGUUUAAAAAAUCAUUUUAUACUAGUCUCAUAUUUUGUCUCGCCUUAUAAUAUAAUAAGAUAAAAUAUCCUAAUUUUAAAGAUUAAAUUUGUUAUGCUCUAUGGAAAUAUACGUGAUUUUUCGCUUGAAAUGUUCAAAAA